GGCUCGCAGCUGUGGCCGCCAUGAAGAUUGCGGUGAUGCAGAUCAAUGGCGAGAGGGUCGAUGUGGAUGUCAUGCCGGAAAUGACCAUAGGUGACCUCAAGCAGAAACUGAAAGCUUUGCAGCCCAGCAGCGAUAAAGUCAUCCGCCGCAUCACAGUAGUUGAGCUGCUGCUGGAGGGUAAGAAACAGGAGGAGGAUGAGUUGACCUUGGGUCAGCUGGGUCUUUCACUCGAUUCGAACGUGCUGGUGCUUUUCACCAUGAAUGCUGUGGUCGCCGCUAGCAAGGAGUCCUCUGGACGGGCAGCACAAGAGUUGGUGGCUGUGCAUAUUCCUGAAGAGAUCCAUCAAAUUGAACACAAUGCCUUCCAAGAAUGCAGCUUACUGGAGUUGGUGUCCAUGCCGAGUUCGGUUCAUCAGAUCGGUUUGGAGGCCUUUGCUGGCUGUAUGUCUUUGACACGGGUAACUUUGCCAGAUUCUCUGAAAGCCAUCCGAGCAAACGCCUUCAGUGGCUGUACAUCUUUGAGGACUCUGGACAUCCCAAAUUCUGUCACCGAAAUUGGUGACGAGGCCUUCAAGGGGUGCAGCUCUUUGGUCAGUGUGGCCAUCCCCGAGUUUCUCCGAAUGAUUGGGUCGGAAGUCUUCGCGAACUGCAGAUCCCUUCGAAGUGUGACUUUCUCAGAUGUGACUGAGAUUGGGCACGGAGCUUUCAGUGGCUGCAGCUCCCUACAAAACUUGAGUCUCCCUGACUCGCUGAUCGACAUCGGGGAGAGCGCUUUUUUCGCAUGUACUUCUUUAGCAACCUUGUGGAUUCCCAGGCAAACUGCUUCCAUUGGGCAGAAGGCUUUUCAACUUUGCAGCUCGUUGACUAGCUUGAGCAUUCCAGAAUCCGUGGCUCGAAUUGGGCCUUGUGCUUUCAGUGGAUGUCACUCACUAAAGACUUUGACCAUCCCAAAGUUGACAGAGAUUGAAGACAGUAUUUUUCGCAACUGCUCCUCUUUGGCGCAUGUGAUCAUUCCAGACUCAGCAACCCGCAUCGGGCCCAGUGCAUUCAGUGAGUGCCCUUGCUUGACGGAUAUUGCAAUACCUGACCAUGUGACUUGCAUUGCAGACUUUGCUUUCUAUGAUUGCCAGUGCCUGCAUAGUGUCACUCUACCUGACUCUGUUCGUGAGAUUGGGCAAGGUGCCUUUUUUGAUUGCGCAAAGUUGAGAUCGAUCACCAUCCCCAAGGGCGUCUCUGAGAUCAAGCCGGGGACCUUCAAUGGUUGCUGCUCUUUGCGGAGUGUGACCAUCCCCGGAUUGGUGACUUCGAUUGGGGAGGCGGCCUUUCAACGCUGCAGCUCGCUGACCUCGCUGGACAUCCCUGAGUCUGUCGUGCGUGUUGAGGAUUUGGCUUUUGCAGGAUGCACUUCCUUGUCGAGUGUGACAGCAGGGAAGAGCACAGAGAUUUCCUCCAAUGCCUUUGAAGGUUGCACCUUUGAUGUCGACCUGUCCCCAGUGGACCUGUCCCCAGUGACACUGGUGAGGAUCCACAAAAGAACCAAAAAAAAGCGCAGGCGGCCAUGACUAUGACUUCUUCAAGGCGCAGAGUUCCCCCUUUCACCAUCACAGAAGUUUUCGGCGUCGUUCUUUUCGCGGCAUCUUCAAAAUUCCGUGCUUGAGUCCGGCAUUUGGAGCAUCUUCGUCACAUGACGAGAUUUCUGUAUGUGUGGGCGCGUCUGAAACUGGGGUAUAGCCCAAAAAUGGCC